AUGGAGCGUGGACGCGUGGUCUCGCGCACCGUGAGCGCGGUGGAGGACUCGGGGGAAGAGAUGAAGUCGGCGCUCGAGGCGGACGCGGCGCGCGUCGCCGCCAAGUUCGACCCGCUCGAUAUCGACGCGAAGCCGGCGCGGGAGGUGAAGCGUAAAUUGUCGCGCAAGAAGUCGGAGGAGUUAUAUCCUGGCGUGUUCGAGGCGCUUCGGUCGCAGAGCAGAGCCGUGCGAGAUGCGACGAAGAAAAUCGUCGACGCGGGAAAGGUGGACGACGAGACAGAGCGGACGUUUCAGCAACUCAAAAAUUUACCGGUCGUUUUACCGAAGCCCUUCGACGCCUCGAACCGCAUGACCGCGCGAGAAAUCCCAGAGGCUCCCAAAAUCGUCUCCAAGGCUUUCGGCGACGCGAUCGUCUCGCAAGAUUUCAACUGGGCGCUCCGCGAAGAGAUUGCAUCCUUGUUUAGCCGCGACGUGGAUUACAUGAAUAUUCACGGAGAUUUCUUUCAGGGCAAGGACGAGGUGAUGGUGAGCCUGUGUGAUUCAGUCAAACGAAUGUCUCAGCGUCUACGCAUGUCGAGCGCUCGCGGCGACAGUGGUACGCUGAGCAAGUACACAAAGAUGACGACAACUGGGCCGACGUAUAAAGGUCGAGGUACGGAGAAAGAGUGGAGCUCUUGGGUUAUGGAAUACACGUUUAAGAUUCUACUCCUGACGAUCAAGAUUCGUGAGACGUACUACAUUGACGACACCAGCGAACUCAUCUGUCACAUCGCGCGCCAAAGAAUAUACUAA